UCUUUUUGUUUCUCCCUCACUUUUCCUUGAAUCCACUUCCCUCGUCUCUCUCUCCGAUCUCAACCACUACUCUGCUUCCAUAUCCUAAAUUCACUACUUCACCAAAAAUUAUCUGGGUUUGUUUCUGUGAUCACAAAGCCGAAGGACAAUGGAGGACACGACGUUCACGAAGGUGUUCGUGGGAGGAUUGGCGUGGGAAACCCACAAACACUCUCUGAGGAAUUACUUCGAACAGUUUGGCGACAUUUUGGAGGCUGUUGUCAUCACCGACAAAACCACCGGCAGAUCCAAAGGAUAUGGCUUUGUGACUUUUCGUGAAGCUGAAGCUGCCCAGAAGGCGUGCGUAGAUCCAUCUCCCGUCAUUGACGGAAGAAGGGCCAAUUGCAAUCUCGCUGCUUUUGGUGUUCAGAGAUCCAAACCCUCUUCUCCGAAUCAUGUGCAAGCAGGAGGAAGAGGCAUUAAAGUUGCUAGCCCUUUCAAGACUCACUUCGGGGGAACUGCUGCUUUUCAUUCCGCUCUUCUUCCUUACUCUAAUCUUUUCGGGUAUUCGUCCUACCCGAUGGAUUACAACUACCCGACGAGCUACUACAAUGUAUAUGGAGGGGCAGCUGCUCAGCAUCCCAUGUAUGGCAAUGGAACAAUGGCUGGCAUGGCGGCAACUGCAUUCUACCCGUAUCUCCAGUUUGCGGAAGGAAAUGGACCUGCCACUGGUUAUGCCUCUGUCCACUACCCGAAUCACCUGUUUCACUACUCUGCUCUUGCUUCAUCUCCCGGGAGCAAUUACCCGCACCACAAUGGUUCACCAGUGUCUCUUGCACCUUCUCCAACCAUUCCACCAGUGUGCUUUGCAGUGCCCCAGGCUUGACCAUGAGGACUUGUGUUAAGGCCCACUCAAAUUGCUGAGGCAUGAUGCUUCAGUACCACUUUCAUCUGUAUGCCUCUGAAGUACCAGUGCACGCCUGUGGCCUAACCAUGGUUGCCCCAUUCCCCUUGUCUCUAACUCAAAAGGCAAGAGCCCAUAUUUGGAAUUUGGGCAUCUUGGCUACUUCCACUUAAGCCUCACAUAGGGGUUUAAGCUGGACCAUCAUCACACGCAUUGCUGCUUUUUUUUUUCCUUCUCAUUUUGUCAUUGCAUCAUAUGCUUCUGGAAGAAGGUUUCUUUCAAGUUUUAGCCCAUUCAAGCUGUGUAGGAGUAUCAGCUAAGUCAGAAAAAAGAUAAUUUGGUCUGUGCCCCAAAAGGGCAAGCAGUUUUGUAGAAACCUUAAAGCCUUAGGAAUGGCUGAUCAACAAGAAUAGAAAUAAGGAUCUCCUUGGGAAAGGCUCAAAGUACUGAACAGCCGCGGAGAUUAUGAGGCAGGAGGUGCAAAGGUGUAACCUUUUCUGCAUUUCAUAGCUUUGUAGCAUUUAGUCGUGGUAAUGGAAGAACUAGGAGCGUGAAAAGAUCGUAUUUUUAUAGUGUUAGCUUAGUAGAUAGAUACCCGGACAUCAAACCGGGCAUGGAGAAUGACUUCCCUUGAGGCCAGAAGGGAAGGCAAAUGUGUUUUUGCUGAACCAUGUAAAUUCUUGGUGGCUAAGCUUUGGAGUAUUAGCUACAGCUGAACUAACUUAGGAUAGACAACACACCAUAUUCAACAACUCCGCUGAUGGAAUGCGGGGUUAUUUGCAUAUGCAUCUGCAUCUUUGCCUUUAGGGAUAUAUUUUGGCUCCCUUUGGGUUAUUCUCUGACUCAGCCAACUAGUUAACCAACCAUGGUUAGGAUUCAGGUGAGGGGUACCCUUCAUCUCUCUUAUCUCUCUUCCCUCUGUGUUAUCUCUUAUCUUCUCCAAGAUGAAAACUCUGCAAGACUCUCUUAUGUAUUCCCCAGCUUAUGAGCUUUCCUUUUGAUUCUGAUUCCAUGUAGAAACAAAUGUUCAUUCUCCAUCCAUGGGGCUUGGGGAUGAACAAGCGUUUGUCAUAUAUUACUUCUGUCGUUUCUUAUUACGUUA